AUGGAUUGGCAGAACGUCUAUAAGGUGUAUACCCCAUUUAUGUUGACGAAGUACAAGCAUUGGGAGGUUGUAAUGAUUGAUCUGGUAUUGUGUGAAAUCAAAGUGUACGAUUCAAAGGUUUCACUAAUUCCAGAUGACAUCGUAAAGGAAGAACUCGCCCCGCUAUCAAUUACGCUUCCAAAUCUUCUCAACACCAUCGACUUUUAUGAAGAAGGUGUUUAUGCAAACAAUUGCAGCCGAGAUUGGUGGUGUCCGUGGCCAAUAGAGCGUGUGGAUGUUCCACAACAGUCUAAUGAAGGCGAUUGUGGCAUGUUUGUGUUAAAGUACAUUGAGCUUUUCAGCGCUGAGCUUCCGUUAGCUACUUGCACCUCGCACAACAUGCCUUUUUUUCGGUUGAAAUUGGCUGCGGAGAUAACAAGGGGAGAUGCUUACUUCCCAUGAUAUUGGUUGAAGAUGACAAAUGGUACAUGAGAAGGUUUUGGGAAUGUCCAUUCUCAAACUAAUGUAAAUACACAAUAGAGACGUA